AUGAUUUUCAACGAAAGUAACACGACCUAUUACAACAUACCAUCCACUGUUUCCCCAGGUGAAUCAGGAACUGCGGCUGAAAGCCGGGUUUUUAAAUUUUCACGCAUUGCAGCCUACAGCGUUAUUUGUGUUACUGGAGUUCUAGGUAAUCUAUUGGUUAUUCUCGCUAGUCGUAAACCAGGCAUGACCACAGUGAGCAACGUUCUCAUUGCAAAUCUUGGAUUGGCAGACCUCGCAGUCUCUCUCAUCAACAUGCCCACUGUAGUUACAUACAGUCAUCUGGUGUACUGGCCAUUCGGUGCUGCCCUCUGCAAGCUUGUUCCGUUCCUGCAAGGCUUAACUUUAUCUGCCUCAGUGGGUACGUUGGUUGCCAUCGCCGCUGAGCGAUACUGGCAUAUAGUUUUAUACACAAGAAGAAAGCUCACCGUCCGUGAGGCUCACAAAGCCAUAGUGCUCAUUUGGGUGUCCUCCAUUUUUAUUCCUGUCCCGCUGCUGGUGUUUAGCAAGACCAUAAGGUGGAAUGAAGGAGCCAGAGAGAUCUGCAUCGAAGAAUGGCCAAAUCUGAAAACCAGGCAAGCUUACACAACUCUGGUGUUCUUGCUGCUGUAUUUUCUUCCCUUAUUGUUCAUCUGUGGGCUUUACGUUCGGAUCGGUCACUUCUUGAAAACCCUGCCGACAACCCAAAGUGUUAACAACCGAAAUCAGAGGAAGGUGAUCAAGAUGUUGGUUAUUGUGGUGCUUUUGUUUGGUCUCUGUUGGUUACCAUACCACAUCGUCUAUAUGUAUGCCGAAUUCAGUCUGUCCCAGCUCACGCCACCUUUCAUCUCGUUCAUCCUAUUUGCUCAGUGGCUGAUGUUCACCAACAGCGCUUGUAAUCCAAUUGUAUACGCAGUCCUGAAUAAUAACUUUAGGGGCGCAUUCUUGUCGAUAUUGUUUUUUUCAAGUCGCAAACAACCGCGAAGGCGCAGGCGAACUGCCUCAACUUCUGUUCAGGUUGUACAGAGUGCCCAGUGAAUGAUUGUCACAAGUUUUCGAAAGCUAUAGAAUGAGUUAAACCAAUGUAUAGCUUUAUUGACAAUAAAAAAUCCAACUGUUCAUUUACACUGUAGGUGGAGAAUAUAUGGCGGUACACAGCUCUACCAGCCGUGUGUUUUACAACGGCUGUAGCUAUGUAAUAUAUCCACCGUCCGCUUUUACAUACAUAAGGCAAUUGUAUUUUACAUGAUUAAUUUUAUGCAGGUUUAAAGGCUGAUUUAUAAUUUACAUUGUAACGAACCCUCUGAAGUCAUAUUUUUCUCGUGCAGGAAACAUCCAAUCUGAUUAUGUCACUUAAAAUAAGUG